GUGAAAUGGAAAGGAAAACCUAAAGAGGAAAAGGGAACGAGCGAGAAUGCAACCGAUAACGAGGUGCGACAAACUAAAGGUGCAAAUCAAUCAAGUAAAGUAAGAGCAGGAGAUAUUGUGACCAUAAGAAGUCCUGAUUUGGACCUUGAAAGGAAACGCAUUAGGUCAACAAAGCGAGACGCCGAGUCCUUUAGCCAAGAAGAGAUUGCGCGGAUCAGGUCAAUGAUCAUAUAUCAAGAUGAUGAAAUUAUGGUGAUCAAUAAACCCACAAGACUUGCCACUCAAGGUGGUCCUAAAACUUUGGAACAUGUUGAUGGUCUACUACGCGCAUUACAAUAUGAUUAUCCUGAUCCGCCCCGUUUGGUUCAUAGAUUAGAUAAGAAUACAACAGGGGCAUUGAUUCUUGGAAGAACAAGGUCAGCAGCUGGCCAAUUAUCAUCAAUGUUUCGUGAAAGUUCGAUAGAAAAGAUG